AUGGCCUCUAAAGAUGCACAGAACCAAAGAAGUAGAGGUUUGCCUGGCUUUCUUCCUGGAGCUCCAGACCCUGACCACAGCUUUCACGUCUCACUUCCCAACCCAGGGAACCAAGUGUGGCAGCCAACUCUCCCUCCGCCAGGCAGUCUCCCUCCUGGUCUAGAAUAUUUAAGCCAGUUAGACCUGAUAAUUAUACACCAGCAGGUGGAGCUUCUUGGAAUGAUCCUUGGCACUGAGACCGCCAACAAAUAUGAGAUUAAAAACAGCCUGGGGCAAAGAAUUUACUUUGCAGCGGAGGAAAGCAUCUGCUUCAAUCGUACCUUCUGUUCCACGCUGCGAUCUUGCACUCUGAAGAUCACAGAUAACUCAGGUCGGGAGGUGAUUACAGUAAACAGGCCUCUGAGGUGUAACAGCUGCUGGUUCCCUUUCUACCUUCAAGAGUUAGAAAUCCAAGCCCCUCCUGGUACUAUAGUUGGUUAUGUUGCACAGAAGUGGGACCCCUUUCUGCCUAAAUUCACAAUCCAAAAUGCAAACAAAGAAGAUAUUUUGAAAGUUGUUGGUCCUUGUGCAACAUGUGGCUGUUUUGGCGAUGUGGAUUUUGAGGUGAAGACCAUUAAUGAAAAGCUUACAAUUGGGAAGAUUUCGAAGUACUGGUCAGGAUUUGUAAAUGAUGUCUUUACCAAUGCUGACAACUUCGGAAUUCAUGUUCCUGCAGAUCUAGAUGUGACGGUCAAAGCAGCGAUGAUUGGUGCUUGUUUUCUCUUUGAUUUUAUGUUCUUUGAACAUUCACUGGCUGGAUUAUAAUAAGCAAGAC